CGGGUGGUGCGGCUGUCCCCGCCCGGCGGCCCCGGGGGAGGUGCCGGGCUGGGCCGAGCCGCGCCACGCCACGCCAGCCUGGGCCGAGGGCUGUGGCGCCGGGCUGAAUAAUGUUUACAACAUGUCUGUGCAGUCGCUGCUUUAUGAAAGAAUUGCUGUUGCCAAAGACUUGAUUAAGAGAGCAGAAGCCCUUUCCAAGUCCCAGAAAAGGAGAAUAGAAGGUGGGGCAAAGCUAUGUAGCAAACUGAAGGCUGAGCUAAAUUUCUUACACAAGGUAGAGGCUGGGAAAGUGGCCAUUAAAGAAUCCCAUCUACAGAGUACAAACCUGACCCACCUCCAAGCCAUUAUUCAGUCAGCAGAGAACCUGGAGGAUGUUGUCAGUGUCCUUCAUGUCUUUGCUUAUGAGGACAGGUUUGGAGACAAACAGACGCUGGUGGUAGAUGUUGUUGCAAACGGAGGUCACACGUGGGUGAAGGCCAUCGGUCGUAAAGCUGAGGCCUUGCAUAACAUCUGGCUGGGAAGGGGCCAGUAUGGUGACAAAAGUGUCAUUGAGCAGGCAGAGGACUUCCUGCAAGCGAGCCGUCAGCAGCCAGUGGAGUACAGCAAUCCCCACAUCAUCUUUGCAUUCUACAACAGCGUGUCCAGUCCUAUGGCGGAGAGGCUCAAGGAGAUGGGAAUAUCUGUGAGAGGAGAUGUUGUUGCUGUGAACUCACUGGUAGAACCAUCUGCAGAAAAUGAGCACUGUGACACCAGUGAAUCAGAUGAAGAAGGCCCUGAACUCCUGCAGGUGACCAGAGUAGACCGGGAGAAUUUAGUGGCCAGCAUUGCUUUCCCUACCCAGAUCAAAGUAAAUGUCUGCAAUAGAGUUAACUUGGACAUCACUACCUUAAUAACCUACGUCUCUGCGCUGAGCUAUGGUGGCUGCUACUUUGUCUUCAAAGAAAAAGUACUGACAGAGCAAGCAGACCAAGAAAGAAGGGAGAGAGUCCUGCCUCAGCUGAAGGAGUUCAUGGAGGGAAAAGAGCUCUUUGCCUGUGAAUCUGCUGUCAGAGAUUUUCAGUCCAUCUUGGAAACGCUGGGAGGACCUGGGGAGAAAGAACGAGCUGCAUUGCUUGUUAAAAGAAUUAAUGUGGUGCCAGAUCAGCCCUCGGACCGUGCCUUAGGACUAGUGGCUAGCUCAAAAAUCAACAGCCGCUCUUUAGCCAUUUUUGGGACAGGAGACACUUUAAAAGCCAUCACUAUGACUGCAAAUAGUGGGUUUGUGAGAGCAGCAGCAAACCAAGGUGUCAGAUUCAGUGUUUUUGUCCAUCAGCCACGAGCAUUGACAGAAAGCAAAGAAUCUUUUGCCACGCCUCUACCAAAGCACUGCCCAUCUGAUAAUGGAGUGUAACUCAUUAAAUGAGUUAGUAAUGGAAAAUACUACAGGUCCUGCAGUGGAAGCAUUUGGAGAAACAGAAGAGUCAUAGCAAUACAGUUUUGGGUGUGUAUCAAUGACAGCAACUAGCCGUGGAAGAGCUCCUCAAGGGAUUUGUAAUAUCUUUACUCCUUCCUUGAGGCUAUUUUUUGUCCAGCUGACCGUUAAUUUAUUCACUAAAGUAAUAAGAAGUCAAUGGAAAUUUUUAACUGGCCUACAAUGUAUUAAUUGUAUCCAUCCCCAUUAAAAAGUUCAGUUAAAGCACA